UGAACAGCGUUACGUUGAGACUAAAGGUGAAUCAGUAAAGAUUCUGUUGCCGUAGUUGCCUCGUUCGCUGUCGCACUUGUUUAUUUUUUUAUGUAACUUUCAGAGGAAGGCGAGCUGCACAGAACCAGAGAUCCGAUCGGAAGAAGUCAUGGCCCGAUUGGUAGCAGUGUGCAGGGAAGGGGAGGAGGACUACCCGUUUCUGGCAAGACAGAUCCCCCUAUACAUCGAUGACACACUCACGAUGGUGAUGGAGUUUUCUGACAGUGUGAUGGAUGUUGACAGCCAUGAACGCAACACUUCCCGUUGGAAACAGUUUUCUGAGUAUUAUUCCAAGCUGAAGCAGCAGGACUUGAAUAUGGCCUUGAUGGUGACAUCAAGAGAAGUGUUCAGUACAUUAUCUCAGCUGGUACCGUGUGUGGGCUGCAGACGAAGCGUCGAGCGCCUCUUCUCACAUUCUGUGGAAUCAGGAAAACCAGCCCUGAAGCCCCUCACGGUGAAACCUAAAGGCAUGCUCACGGUCACCAAGUCCUGCUUGGCAGACAUGAAGAAGCUUUAUUCUCUCUUCUACAUCCAUGGAUCAAAGUUAAAUGACACAAUUGAUGCCAUUCCGAAAAGUAAAAAGAACAAACGCUGCCAGUUGCACUCCUUGGACACUCACAAGCCUAAACCUUUGGGGGGGAGCUGGAUGGAUGUGUGGGAGCUGAUGUCUCAAGAAUGCAGGGAUGAGGUGGUCCUCAUCGACAGUGCCAGUCUCCUUGAAACACUGGAGGCAUACUUGCGUAAACACAGGUUUUGCACAGACUGUAAGAAUAAAGUGCUCAGAGCGUAUAACAUCUUGGUUGGGGAGGUGGAGUCCAGUGAGGAGAAGGGAUACUGUGCUGCUCUGUAUGAGGGCCUGUGUUGUUGUCCCCACGAACGGCACAUUCAUGUGUGCUGUGAAACGGACUUCAUCGCUCAUUUACUUGGCAGGGCAGAGCCCGAAUUCUCAGGAGCCUAUGAACGCAGAGAGAGACAUGCAAAAACAAUUGACAUUGCCCAAGAGGAGGUGCUGACCUGUUUGGGCAUUCACCUCUAUGAACGGCUGCACAGAAUCUGGCAGAAACUGCGGGCAGAGGAGCAGACCUGGCAGAUCUUGUUUCAUUUGGGAAUUGAUGCUCUAAGGAAAAGUUUUGAGAUGGCUGUGGAGAAGAUGCAGGGGAUCAGCAGACUCGAGCAGCUUGUGGAGGAACUGUCUGAGGAAGAGAGAGUCAAAGAGCUGAAGCUGGAGAAAAAGAGGCAAAAGCGUAAAAAUCGACGCAAAAACAAGUGUGGCUUUGACAUGUCUGAACAGGAGGCAGAGGACAAGGAGAAAAUCCUGGAUGAGAGUUCCUAUGAGUCUGUAGAGAGCAGCUGUAAGGCCUGCGGUAGCCCUGGUGAGGAGGAAGAGGAGGAAGCUGGCUGUGAAGGGAAUGAUGCCACCUGUAGCAACACUUCCUGUAAGUGCCUGAGCAAUGCCAAGCAAGAUUUGUCCCACAACAGUAAUGGAAGCGAUUGCGGCUACUCCUCAAGUAUAGAAGGCAGUGAGAUGGGGUCACGAGAAGGCUCAGACGUUGCCUGCUCUGAAGGAAUCUGCGACCAUUAUGAAGCAGGUGAUUACACAAAUGUCCAUCGCUGUGCUGAAGAUGAGGAUGAGGAAGAGGAUGGUGCCGACAGCUGUGUCGACUUCUGGCCACAGUCUGAGGAAAAGUGUCAGUGCAAGAGCAAAAAGAAGAAGAAAAAGGCAAAGAGCUUCUGUACCAGUCAGGGGCAAAAAUCUGAUGGUUUGUCAGAUGGCAACACAACAGGCCUCAGUCUGACGACAGCGCACACCUGUCGAACCAAAGAAUUAUUCUCCUCCUUAUGUGGCGAUAAACUUGCCAACAUUGCACUACAGUUACCACGGACAGCACAUCAGGAGGAUCUCAGCCUUCAUGUCAAACCUCCAAAUGAAAACUUCAGUCUGGUGGAACUUCUGGACGAUUCAGAAGUAAACUCUGAAGAAGACUGUUGUCUGACCCAGGAUGAAAUCCAGGCCUUUUUAGAACAAAACCAGUCCUUCUACAACAACCGCCACCAGUACCGACAACUCCUGAAGGAUAAGUUCACCAACUACUGCCGUGCCACUGAGCAGAGCAAACCGGUCUGUGGGAAAUGGUUCUCCACAACCAGUGUCAACUAACUGCACUAAUGUCUUCUUCUGAAAAAGUCAAACACUCAUGACCACUGCUGCAACAAGAUUAGAAAAAUAAAUUUCUGCAGUAGCUUUGGUGUUUUGUUUGCUCAUUUCUCCUUGUAAAGUAAGUGUGAUUCUUACUUUUUCCACUUCAUCUCUUUCUGUUUGGCACACCGACACAGUGGUUCAUCUCUACAUUCAGACUUGUAGUCCUCUUUGACCAAUCCUGUAGCUGUUUGUUGUUGGUUUGUAGGGUUUCUGGGUAACGGCACAGUAGAAUAUGAAAUCGAGCUUCACAAACUGUGAUGUUAGGGAAUAAAUUUAGCAGUCUUAUUGUUUAU